UGGACGAGAGUUUGCGCUCAGGCGUCUGUGAUCAACACCACGGAUCCACCAGCUUGCCAUGCACGCUGUCAGCCUAACGGGGAUCGAGGCGUUAACGGCGCUGGCCACAUAGAGAGGCCGUGACACGCUGAACAGGAGAUGAAGAGUGAAGCAAACUGGCAAGAUGAGGAUUAAUGAUGAUUAAUGAUGUAGGGGUGCUGGGCUCGCGCAGCUGAUACUCGCGGCUUGAUGUGUUUUAUCUCGUGCUUGGGUGGAAACGUGUAGUCAUCUGUAAAAAAGCACAGGAUUUGUAUCUACAUAUCUACAUCUUUAUGGAUAUAGAUCCCAUCCCACAUCGCGCUGGGUCUUGAUCGUUUAUUUAUUUGUUUGUUUGUUUUGUGUAAAAGUAAACGUUGGGAAGGUUCGUCGUGUGCCAUCAAUAGCGAACAAAACAUGGGGAACGCAGAAAGUAUGGAUACCCAGCUCACCGAUUUCAGGGCGAGAAAUAAGCCCCCAAAACUGCCAAUGCCAGACCCAGCAGAACUGGAGGAAAGAUUUUCAAUUGCUUUGAAUUCCAUGAACCUUCCACCGGACAAGGUCAGACUUCUGCGGCAGUACGACAGCGAGAAAAAGUGGGAGCUGAUCUGCGACCAGGAGCGUUUUCAAGUCAAAAACCCUCCGCACACCUACAUCCAGAAGCUGAGAGGAUUUCUGGACCCUGCCGUCACGAGGAAGAAAUUCAGGAGGAGAGUUCAGGAAUCCACCCAAGUGCUCCGCGAGCUGGAGAUUUCGCUCAGGACCAAUCAUAUUGGGUGGGUGCGAGAGUUUCUGAAUGAAGAGAAUCAAGGCUUGGAUGUGCUGGUGGAGUACCUGUCCUUCGCACAGUACGCCGUUACCUUUGAUGGCGAUGCAGCAGAAGGCGCAAGUGGGGAGGCAUCCGUGGAAACUCCGUGGAGCAGGUCUAUCGAAGAUCUCCAUGGCGACAGCAACCUGCCCUCGCCAGUCAGUAGCAGUAGCAUCCCACGCGCCACACGCCACUCCUUAAGGUCCAACACUCUUCCCAGCCGAAGGACCCUUAAACACUCUCGCUUGGUGUGUAAGAAGGAUGACGUGCACGUCUGUGUCAUGUGUCUCAGAGCCAUAAUGAACUAUCAGUAUGGCUUCAAUAUGGUCAUGUCACAUCCACAUGCGGUGAACGAAAUUGCCCUGAGCCUCAACAACAAAAACCCCAGGACCAAAGCCUUAGUCCUGGAGCUGCUGGCUGCUGUGUGUCUGGUGAGGGGAGGCCAUGAGAUCAUCCUGGCAGCCUUUGACCAUUUCAAAGAGGUCUGCUCAGAGACCCAGAGGUUUGAGAAACUAAUGGAAGACUUUAAAAAUGAAGACAACAAUAUUGAUUUCAUGGUCGCAUGCAUGCAGUUCAUCAACAUCGUGGUGCACUCUGUAGAAGACAUGAACUUCAGAGUGCACUUGCAGUAUGACUUCACCAAGCUCUCCCUGGACGAGUACCUAGAGAGGUUGAAGCACACAGAGAGCGAUAAGCUGCAGGUGCAGAUCCAGGCGUACCUGGACAACCUGUUUGACGUGGGUGGACUGCUGGAGGACGCCGAGACCAAGAACGCAGCACUGGAGCGCGUGGAGGAGUUGGAGGAGAACCUCUCCCACUUGACAGAAAAGCUGUUGGACACAGAGAAUGAGGCCAUGUCCAAGAUCGUGGAGCUGGAGAAGCAGCUUAUGCAGAAAGACAAAGAACUGGACACCAUACGGGCCGUGUACCGGGACACCAGCUCGCAGGUGCACACGCUGCGGCGCAUGGUUCGGGAGAAGGACGAGGCCAUCCAGAAGCAGUGUGAGCUGGAGGAGAAGGCUCACCUGCUGGCGCGUCGAGGUAGCCAGCACGUGCAGGCGCGUGGUGAGGGCGACGGCGAGGGCCAGGCUUGCCCGCUGCCCUCCCCUCCGCUGCCCACGCUGUUGUCACCCUGCCCCUGCCCCGAUGCCCUGGCGGUGGCCUGCAUGGGCGCCGCGUACAGCCCUGCGAGCACCUCGCAGAGCGGCACCCCGAGGAAGGUGGCCGCGCCUGCUUCUACUCCACCCCCCCCUCCUCCACCACCUCCACCACCACCCAUGCCAUGCUCCUCUGUGCCUAAUGGACCUUCAGAUGUUCCUGCUCCACCUCCUCCUCCACCUCCACCACCACCUCCACCUCCACCUGGGCGUGCCAUGGAGAUGUCCACACCACUUCCCCCUCCCCCUCCCCCUAUAGCCCCUCCCCUUCCUGGCUGUGGCACACCCACUGUCAUAUUCAACUCUGGCCUGACAGCUGUGAAGAUUAAGAAGCCAAUCAAAACCAAGUUCCGAAUGCCGGUCUUCAACUGGGUGGCCCUCAAACCCAAUCAGAUCAACGGUACUGUCUUCAAUGAGAUUGAUGAUGAAAGGAUUCUGGAGGACCUGAAUGUAGACGAGUUCGAGGAGCUGUUUAAGACCAAGGCUCAGGGCCCAACGGUCGACAUGACGAUGAGCAAACAGAAGGCCCCGCAGAAGGGGCCCAAUAAGGUGUCACUACUGGAGGCCAACCGGGCCAAAAACCUGGCCAUCACCCUGCGCAAGGCAGGAAAGAGCUCAGAGGAGAUCUGCAAGGCAAUUCAGACGUUCGACCUGCGCACCGUCCCCGUGGACUUCACAGAGUGCCUGAUGCGCUUCAUGCCCACAGAAGGGGAGGUGAAAGUCCUGCGGCAGUAUGAGAGGGAGCGGCGCCCUCUGGUGGAGCUCACGGAAGAGGACCGCUUCAUGAUGCUCUUCAGUAAGAUUGAGCGCCUACCCCAGAAGAUGACCAUCAUGGCCUUCACGGGGAACUUCAACGACAGCCUGCAGAUGCUCACGCCGCAACUUCAUGCGAUUAUUGCUGCGUCUGUGUCCAUAAAAUCUUCCCAGAAGCUAAAAAAGAUCCUUGAAAUUAUACUGGCCCUGGGGAACUACAUGAACAGCAGCAAGAGGGGAGCUGUGUAUGGCUUCAAGCUCCAGAGCUUAGACCUGCUGCUGGAGACCAAGUCCACGGACAGGAAGCAGACUCUGCUGCAUUACAUCGCUAACGUGGUGAGGGAGAAGUACAUGGCCAUGAGCAUGUUCUACAAUGAGCUGCAUUAUGUGGAGAAAGCUGCUGCUGUCUCUCUGGAGAAUGUCCUACUGGAUGUGAGGGAGCUCCAGAGAGGUAUGGACCUCACACGCCGAGAGUACAGCAUGCACGGCCACAACUCGCUGCUCAAAGACUUCAUCCACCACAACGAGACCAGACUGAAGCAGCUGCUCGACGACGCCAGGAUUGCGCAGGAUGCUUUUGACGACGUUGUGAAGUACUUCGGGGAGAGCCCCAAGACCAUGCCUCCCUCCGUCUUCUUUCCAGUGUUUGUGCGCUUUGUCAAGGCCUACAGGCAAGCGGAUGAGGAGAACGAACAGAAGAAGAGGCAGGAGCAGCUGAUGAUGGAGAAGCUUCUGGAACAGGAGGCCCUGAUGGAGGAGCAGGAGGACCAGCAGUCACCAUCACAUAAGGGCAAGAGACAGCAGCAGGAUCUGAUCGCUGAGCUGAGGAAGAGACAGGGGAAGGACAGCCGUCACGUCUACGAGGGCAAAGAUGGUGCCAUUGAGGAUAUAAUCACAGUGCUGAAGACCGUCCCCUUUACUGCGCGAUCGGCCAAACGGGGCUCGCGCUUCUUCUGUGACCCCGCCCACUCAGAGGACAUCCAUUACUAAACUAAAUUCUCUCCCUCAGAAAGACCUGCGUAGUAAACCCUUCCGUUGCACCGACGCCCUCCAGACGAGUAGGACGAGGAACUUUUGACACCUUUGAGCACCUUUGGUACUCUCCGAACAAGUGACGACCUGCUAAUCCACCUUACUCAGCCAAUGAACAGAAGUGGGUGUGUCUACUUAUUAAAACAAAGGAGAGGUAGAAAGUGCUCACCCCAGCCGCUUCUCCAUCCUUCCACUCCACCCGCCUCUCCAUCCUUUCAACAUUCAAGCAGGAGGUGAAUGAAUGUUCAUGUCCCCAAGAUGUAGAAAACUGACUUUACUUGAGCACUGGAUAUGCAGGACACUCAAAACUUACAAAAACUGGAAUCAAUCAGUCAAACCCUCCGAUCUCCAGUGGAAGGAGAUGUGGUUGUGGUUGGGUUUUAUUUAUUUUUUUAACCCCAACCCUUUCUGACAUUUUUGAAAGGCCAGUGCUCAUGCUUUGAGAGAGUGUGUAGCCAGUGUAAAAAAAAACAAACACCCUGGCUGGGUGAACGGAAUCGUCUUCAUCAGGUGCUCGUGGUCCACAAUCUCUUCCCUACUUUGGGAUUCGAUAAAGCUGAGCAGCUGUUACUGUCAAAAUGGGAAAAUACCCAUGAUGCACUUUGCUUAUAAACAUUCAGUUAUUGUCCUUUUGAACUCUCAUGCAAAAAGAACUGGUUAAGAAGAGAAAGAGUUGUGGGUCUGAUUUCUACACUGGUACUGAGGACUAUAAUCUCCCUGUCUGCGGACUCCCUAUUAGUUAUGGUCAGUGUAACCCUGACCUAUUAGUUAAAGUUUCCUGAAGGGAGGGGUUGUCUGAAGGACUCUUGUAACUCCGUGUAUGUCCAUCUUACUUCAAGCACAAACGUCCUGUCCUGCUUGACCUCUUGUGAUGUAUGAUGUAUGUAAACUGUUGAACAGAGUUUGCUUUCUUUUUUUAAAAAAAGACACUGCGUGGGGAAAAUCCUUUUUUAAAUGUAAAGAUAUUUUGCUACAAAAGUGAAUCCCUUAUUUUUUACAUUGCCCAUCCAUUGUGAUACUGUAUAUAUUGUUGAAAAAAAAACAACACUGAAAUCAUUUGAAUGUUAUGAUGUCACAUUGUAUGGCAGUAUUAUUUAGUUCAGUGGUGAAGAAAAUGAAUCAGUUGACUCAGUGCUGAUAUCUCUCCCUCUAAUCAAACAUACUCAGUAUUGAUAAUCGUCUGUGAUUGCACAUUACACAAAAAUGCUUGGACAGACAUUAGUGGCACAUGUAACUUUUUUUUUUUUUUUUUUUACAUUGUUCUUUAAAAACAAACUGGAAUCAAAGGUUGUCUGCAAAUAAAGCAACAACAUCAACAAAUUAAA